GCGCUGGCUGCCAGGCCCAAGGCCUGGUCCACCGGUGGCGAAUUCCAUGCCACGUUUGCAGCUUUUGGCGGAGCCGAGCUGGCUUGAGUCCAACUGCUGGGCGGGCCCUGUGCAGAUGGCUUCCCAGGAUCUUCAUCAUGGGCCAUGGAUCAUCCACGAUUUGUUCAACUUGUGGAGUUUCCAGCAAAAUUGGAGAUGUUGCAACAAUGCGAAUUGGAGCCGCUAUCGCGUCAGUGGUCAUUUGUUUGUACGGAUUUGCAUCUACCGAGGUGUGGCACAUUUUGCUGCUACAUGGGUCAAUGGGCGUGGGCCUUGGCCUCUUUGUUCCUGCUGUUGGCCCGACACUGCAGAGGUAUACUUCCCUUGCGCAUCCGAAGAAGGCUGCUCAGGCGAGUGCGCUGCCGCUUUUUGGCAUGCAGAUUGGCCAGGUUGCUGGGCAGCCUCUUUUCAGCGCAAUUGUAGGCGAUGGUCAGGACCGUUCUCGCAUGAAUGCGGCUUGGUUAGUGGCUGGCACUUGCUUUGCGCUCGGAGCUUUUUGUGCUGAUUUGGCCUUGAUGCUGAUCAAUAGGCAUCCAGUGUCGAAGAGGCUGAAGUACACACCGGAUCAGAUCAAGAUUAUGAUUGAAACAGAUGCAAAAGAGACGGACGUCUUCAUUGAGGAUAUGUGCAAGAAGUUACGCGGGAUGUUGACCGAGGGCCAUCCGGAUUAUCGAGGAGCCAAGCUCUUCAGUGGCAUAGCUCAACGCUUCAUCGCGAACGUUCUGGACAGGUCAAUUCCCAAGCUGAGAGAAGAACCUGAACAACAUUUGCAGGACGUUGCCAGAUGGAUCUCCAACGUUGGUACCGAUGAGGAGAUUGAAUUCUUUCAAAAACGCUUCCCACACGUCAAGCGCCCUUGGUGGCAGUUGAUCCACUUGAACAUCGUUUGCAGGCUUCAUUUGCGACAGGUUGUUUUGAACCUGUGCUCUUCAGUCUCAAACAAUGUUCCCUCAGUCAAGAGUUUACAAGACGAAAAGACGGGGGAAUGGGUGUCCCAGAACAAAAGAACACCAAAACAGUUUACACUUCGUUCCAGAUGUGUCCUUUGUGCUUGGAAUGGAAUGCUGUGUUUGCCUCCUCAAGGGCUCUCUCUCGCUCUCUCACUCUCUCUCUCUCUUUCUCUCUCUAUUCAAAACUUCAUGCUCUUCUUUUGAACUCUUGUGCGUGCAGGUUGUGGACUUGCUGAUGGCUUUGCAAUGCAUUUGAAAGGAAGCGCACAGACAAACGCACACACACACAAAACGAGCACCAGGUCAGUUGGGCCUCUUCGGGUGCAGUUAACACUGGUCCAAAGGUGGGCCACACAUCCUAGGGGAUGCCUAAACGUCACCCUGUAUACCCUCAGCUGUUUGGGCUUGUGGAAUGGCAGCAGCACAGGUUGCGAUUGCCUGGUGACCGCCGCCCCAGUGAACCACUGUCUCCGGAAUCCAAAGACUACACAUGAGAUGCAGCGCAAAGUGCGCUUGAGAUGGACAGAGCUGUCCCACACGAAGCCCACAAUGCCGCUAACGAACUUGCGGCUGUUGAUGGAUGUUCUGGAACACAAGUGAUGGCUAGUUUGGUAGUUCCAUCGUCCCGACCCUGGCGUAGUCUAGUCAUUCUCCGAUACACAAAUUGUUCAGACAGAGCUAUUGACCUGCCGGGAAACGCAUCCUCUUUCUGAGGAGGUGUGCACACUCUAAUCACCAAUCCAAUUUUCGGGUAGUAUGUAGAUGCCCCGAAACUGGUGAAAGGGAGAGUUGCUGCCUUAAACUGGUUCACUCCUAGAAGAAUCUGCAAGAUAUUAAUCCUGGCGACUUGUUAAUUUUGAAGAGCAGCUAGCCGAGAUGAGCUUCUAGCCAGACUCCUGCUCCAAACAAGCCGGACUGUGGAACUUGCGCCUGCCCUUGCCGUGCGGCAAUGAAACUGCAACCUCUGGC